GGUCCACCACAGGUCACUGUUUUAGAAACGGGACCAUGCGCUUUCCGCGUUGUCUGCUGAAACCUGCUGGUGUAUUCCUUAACUCACUUCGAGGACUGGCCGCUGACGCGGAUCUCUCCAAAAUACGGAACAUUGGAAUUUCUGCUCAUAUCGAUAGCGGAAAGACUACUUUGUCGGAAAGAAUUUUGUUCUAUACGAAAAGGAUAGAAGAGAUGCACGAGGUUCGAGGCAAGGACGGUGUGGGAGCUGUCAUGGAUUCGAUGGAAUUGGAACGACAACGCGGCAUCACCAUUCAGUCUGCUUCUACAUAUACCUUUUGGAACGGACAUGUCGUGAAUCUGAUAGACACGCCGGGACACGUGGAUUUUACGGUUGAGGUGGAGCGUGCUUUGCGAGUAUUAGACGGAGCAGUUUUAGUCUUGUGUGCUGUCGGCGGUGUGCAGAGCCAAACGUUGACUGUCAAUCGACAAAUGAACCGUUAUAAAAUUCCCCGCAUCGCAUUCAUCAAUAAGUUGGACCGACUAGGAGCAAAUCCUCAACACGUUCUGGAACAAAUGAGGUCCAAGCUUCAGUACAAUGCGGCUUUCGUGAACAUACCCAUAUCUGGAGACGCGAAAACCACGGGUAUUGUUGACCUAAUCCAUCAGAAGGCCGUGUAUUUCGACGAACCGAUGGGGCUAACAGUUCGCGAAGAUUCUGUUCCAUCGCACAUGCUACAAGAGGUGAAGGACCGCCGUAUGGAAUUCAUUGAGCGUUUAGCCGAGGGCGAUGACUCAGUAGCGGAAUGCUUUUUAACAGAGGCCCCUAUCAGCGGAGACCAGCUAACAGCUGCCGUACGUCGAGCUGUUAUUUCCCAUAAAUUUGUACCAGUACUGGUUGGUUCUGCUUUGCGAAAUCGCGGCGUUCAACCUUUGCUUGACGCUAUUGUGCAUUAUUUGCCAAAUCCUGGCGAAGUACCCCAUGAAGCGCUCGAAGAAUCAUCUGGGUCAGCAAUUCGGACGUUUCACCUUUCUAUGGUGUUUGUUUCGUCUGCAGGUUUUGAAUAA